CAGCUGCAGGUAAUUAGUGCUCUCCGGUGUGUGUGGCGGAACACAGACAUCAACCGACACGCGUACAGGUACCAUUUAUCAGAGGAUCUAGUGAGAGCAUAGAGCAGAAAUGGGCUCGUUUGGAGGGAUGUUUUGGAUUUUACACUGGAUAGCACUUUAUGUCCAGAUCAGCUCGAAACUGGCAGUGGAUAAUCACGUAUCUGGAAAUGCUCUGUUUACGGAGGUUCCCGCUGAUGUGUUUUCUCGAGCCGGAGAAGAUGUGGAGAUGAGCUGCUCCUUCAGAGGAUCCAGUUCCUCGUCCGUCUCACUGGAGAUCCAGUGGUGGUACAGCAGACAAUGGGCGGAGCCAUUGCCGUGGGCAACCAAUCAGGUGGUUUCACAGGAAAAUGCAUCAAAGGGGGCGACUAAAAUCAGUGUGGUGAAGGUGGUUGGCAGCAACAUCUCACACAAGCUUCGUCUGUCCAAUGUCAAGCCAUCAGACGAGGGAACAUACGAGUGUCGGGUCAUUGACUUCAGUGAAAACCGAGUCCAGCGGCAUCAAGUCCAGGCGUACCUGCAGAUCCAGCGGACAGAAGAGGAGACCUCAGAAAACCAGCAGAAGAAAGAAAAGCAGAUCCUUCAUCAUCAUCAUCCUCAUCAUCUGUAUGAGGAGAACAAAACCAGAACACAAUAAUUAGAUGCGAAUUGCAAUGUCGCAUAAAACAUUUGCAGAUAAAGCAGCGUUUCCAUCCAAUGAGAAACAGAAGAGAACAAAAUCAUCACUUCCUGAUGAACUGCCGGCAAAUAUCAGACAGAAAAA